AUGGUUUCUGCAGAUGCUAAGGCUGUCUCGGAUGCAGCCAAGACCGAGCUUGAUGGUCAGCACACAGACCACAUGUUGUCUGUGACGGAGCAGGAUGAUCGGGAGUUGUUGAAGCUUGGCUAUCGUGCUGUUUUGGCGCGUGGUUGGGGCACUUUUGAUAACUUUGCUUGCUCGUUCUCUGCUCUGUAUUGCAUUGGUGGUAUUCGAGUGCUGUUCUACAUUGCGCUCAGCAAUGGAGGGCCGGCUGCUUUGUGGAGCUCUUGGAUCUCGGGCAGUAUUCUGUCCAUCAUUACUGCUGCCUGUCUCGCUGAGGCGUGCUCUGCGUACCCUGCGGCUGGUUCUAUCUACUACUGGGCCUUCAGAUCGUGGGGUGGCGGCCGUCUUGGACGUUUCGUCUCAUACCUCAUCGCUGCUUGGACUCUCGUUGCAUGGACUGCUUUCCUGGCGAGUGAUUCAUUCGGAGUGGCCAACUAUCUAGUGUCGGAGAUUGUUGUUUUCAACCCGGAGACCACCUUCCCGCUCAGUACCUCUGAUGUGAAGGCUCGUGCCGUUGCUUGGGCCUUGUCGCUGGGUUUCUUGGCUUUGGCUACGGCGCUGAACUUCCUGCCCCCGCGUAUGUACGCCUGGGUCUUCCGUACGGGCUUUGCGGUCAUCGUCAUUGAUAUGCUGCUCAACUUUAUCUGGCUGCCCAUCGGCGUGUCAAAGACUUAUGGUUUCCAGUCCGCUGAGUUCGUUUUCACCUCUGUGUACAACGGAGAGGGAACCGCCCCUAGUUUGAACUGGGUGCUGUCUUGGUUCCUGGUUUCUAGCUGUCUCGUUGGUGAGGAUGCCUCCGGCCAUGUCGCCGAGGAGACUAUCUCGGCCAAGAAGGCUGCUGCCAAGGGUGUUUUCUGGUCGACCGUUGCUUCUGCCGCCUGUGGUUUCCCGAUCAUCAUCCUUUUCCUAUUUUGCAUGCCAUCCAUCGAGACCUUUUACGACACUACUGCGCCUCAGCCAUUCAUCAACAUGUAUGCGCUCGCGCUUGGUCCCCAUGCCCAUGUUGUCAUGACCAUCAUCUCCAUGAUCGGCGCCAUCCUGAACACUUCCAUCUCCCUGGUUGCCGUCUCACGUCUUGUCUUCGCCGUUGCCCGUGAUGGUGUCUUCCCAUUCAGCGAUGUUCUCUCGCGCGUCUCCAAGGACAAACAGCCUCACAACGCAGUUAUUUUCAUCGCAUCUAUUGCUGCACUCCUGCUUUGCACCCAGCUCCCGUCCCAGGCUGCUUUCGCCAGUCUGGUCUCGACUUCCGCUGCAGGAUCUAUCGCUGCUUAUGGUCUUGUUGGAAUUGGUCGUGCUUUUAUCACACGGACUUCUUUCCGCCCUGGUUUCUGGGACAUGGGGUGGUUUGGCGUCGUGGCUGCGGUUGUUACGUUCAUCUGGAACACCUUUGCAUUUUCUGUGCUCUGUGCGCCGCAGUACUCGAAUGCCGCUAUCGAUCAGAACUCGGGCCUGUUCAACUAUGCGAUUGUCAUCAUGGGUGGAGUCACUAUCAUUGCGAUGUUUGAGUGGUGGCGCAAGUCAAAGGAUGAUUGGUUCAAGCACCUGAAGGUCAGCGACUCGUCAUCCGAGGCCGACACCACGGUUGAGCAAGCUGCGACGGUCAACACGUCCGAAAAGGAUGUUGCUGUCUAA